UCCGGUCUACUUAAGGGGGUGGCUCUCCCAUAGACAGUACACAAAUGCGAUUGCAGCUGGGUCAGUUCUACUUCGUUAAUCGACUUCCAUUAGAACAGAAAAAAAUAGGGAGUGGGAUGUCUCGCUCCAUCUUCCGUCUCUGGCGUUAGGUUGAGAGCCCAUGAUAAGGGAUCAAUCACUGGGAUAACGAUAUCAUGGGUGGUGUGAAGCAGGAGCAAAAUGAUGGACCUCCACCAAGAGGCACGCAGUCCUCUGAUGCAGUACAAGAAGAGCCUGUGAAGAAGAGAGGUUGGCCCAAGGGUAAGAAGAGAAAGAAGGUGUUGCCCAAUGGUCCUAAGGCACCAGUGACAGGAUAUGUGCGUUUCCUGAAUGAACGGCGGGAGCAGAUCCGUGCCAAACACCCCGACCUGCCCUUUCCAGAAAUCACCAAGAGGCUGGGUGCAGAGUGGAGCCGCUUAGCACCUCAUGACAAACAGCGCUUCCUGGAUGAGGCAGAGCGAGAGAAGCUGCAGUAUGCCCGGGAGCUGAGAGAAUACCAACAGAGUGAAGCCUAUCAGAUCACCAGUGCCAAGAUCCAGGACAAGAAGGUCAAGAGAGAAGAGUCUCCAUCUGUCAUUAUCAAUGCUAACAGUUCUGGAUCAGCUGCUCUGAAGGGUUCAGAUCAUCUGUCCAACAGAUUUGAUGUUCCAAUAUUUACAGAGGAAUUCCUGGACCAGAACAAGGCCCGAGAAGCGGAGCUGCGGCGUUUACGCAAAGCAAAUGUGGAGUUUGAGGAGCAGAACGCAGUGUUGCAGAAGCACAUUUCAGACAUGUACAGCGCUAAGGAGAGACUGGAAGCUGAACUGGGGCAGGAUGAGCUCCGGACGCAGGCCCUGCACAGGCACCUGCUGGCCAUCAAACACACCCUCGUCAGCAGCCUGUCCACUGUGGCCCUGCCAGGCACGGGUGAGACCCCCUCUCUUGGUACCCUGGACUCUUACCUGAGUCGCCUGAGUGGUACUCUGGAGAGCAAUCCUCAUGAGCACCGUGCCUUGCUGGCUCAGCUUCACGAUGUCCUUUCUCACCUUGACAGUGAGAAACUAUGAGACGACCUCCACACCCAUUCCCACUUGAUGUGGAUCCCAGAUGGUGCAAAGACAGGUCCAAUCAGUGCCCAUCGCAGUGUAGUCAAGGGAUAGGUGGGAUGUCUAUCUGAUGUAACAGAUAAAACACAACGUUCAGUCCCAUAUACCAUUACUCUGUGGUACAUCUGCAUGUGUGUACAGUCUGGUACAGUUUUGGUGGCGAAUAUAAGCCUUUGAGGCUUGGUGUGAACAGUCAUUAUGUCAACUGCCUUAACUGGUUCCAUCUGUAGUUCAUUUGGUUUGUUCAAUGGAAGAAACAGUUGACAUGCCUUUUAUGGCAUUUGGCGUGAAUUAAGAGUUUUUCAAGUGAAGCCACUUGGAAAUGAGGAGGUUGCGGAAGUGUACUGGUGUCCAAUGAGAGGCAAAAUGAACUGGAAAAGAUUAUAGCAUUGUUUUCAGAAUAUGUUUUUGUAUUGUAAUUGAUAUUAGUUUUGUGGUGGGCAGUUUGGGAUUAAGGGAUUUUUUUUGUCAUGGUUUAUUUGCGGUAAUUCAAAUUGGAUGUUUGUCAUCUUUGUAAUUGUUUUAUCAAUUUGCAAUAAAAGUAAAUGUGUGUAAUUUUCCAGAUGUCAUUAAGGAUGAGUGUGACGCACAUAGAGCCUAUAGUGACGCAUGGAGGAUGUUGUCUGAAAUGGCCUGAUGACUCAAUAGCCGCCGAUAGCACCUGUUGGCCCCACUUAACAAUGGACAGAAGUAUGUCCAAAAUAUUUUUUUCCAGACUUGUCUGAUCUUAGUUGCUAGAUCCCCACCAGAGGGUGGUAUAGCUCCAUUUAGAAACGUCAGUUAGCUUGAUUGGGUUGUACACAGUUUCUUCAAAUUUGAGUUAAUUUCAUUAUUUUCCAUUCAUGGAUUGACUUUUCAAUCCACUCUCAGUAUUGACAGGUUUAAUUUGUUUAGAUCUUCUUGAUUCACUGUAGGCCUUUCCCAAUGUGUUUUUACUAUAGACAAUACUUAAUUAAAGCAGCAAUCGGUAGUAUAAACGAUAACAAAGUGUUGUCCCUGUUUCGUUUAAAAUCUGGGGGCUUGAGAAAUGUAACCACUCAAAUUCAUAGACAGAGCUAUGGAUGCAAGGACUGAACAGCCAUGAUAUCAAAAGUAUUGUUUUAAGGAUGUUUUAAGGAAAAAUAAAGAGUUUCUUUACCGACA